CCUUGGAAUCUCCUGUAACCUCACUCCAACACUUCCUUUUUGGGCUACCGGAAUUCAUGACGUCAUUUGGGAACAGCUUUCACUUGCAGUGAGGUAGCGGUGUGCGAGUGUGAGUGUGAUGAGAGUCUGUCUGUGCGCACCAAUCCUAUUAGCAGAUGUAUCCGGUGCAGUCAGUCAUUGGCUGAGAUCUCGAGCUGUGAUUUCUCCUGUCACGAUUUUCGGUGUGCGUCUCACAAUCGCGGACAAACAGCUGACACCGCGCACUGCAGACCGUCCUCGCUGGAAGACGCAAAAAGACGUACUCCAGGAGUGGAACUGAAGAAGAAAAAGGGAUUUUGUCUGUCAUUUUUUAUUGUCGGGUAAAGACGGCGGAGGAAUAGAGCAGGAUUUUACCAGCGGGGUGUUGGAGCUGCAGUAGCCGUGUUUCAGGUCUCUUUGAGCCGGCUAGCAGCUGUAACCAUGCCGGUGUUCCACACCAAGACCAUCGAGGGCAUCCUGGAGCCGGUGGCCCAGCAGAUCUCCCACCUUGUCAUCAUGCACGAGGAGGGGGAGGUGGACGGGAAGGCCAUCCCGGAUCUGACCGGCCCGGUGGCCGCGGUACAGGCAGCGGUCAGUAACCUUGUCAGGGUGGGAAAGGAGACUGUUCAGACCACAGAGGACCAGGUGAUGAAGAGAGACAUGCCUCCCGCCUUCAUAAAGGUGGAGAAUGCAUGUUCUAAGCUGGUGCAGGCGGCUCAGAUGUUGAAGGCGGAUCCCUACUCGGUUCCUGCCAGAGACUACCUCAUUGACGGUUCUAGAGGAAUCCUGUCUGGAACCUCAGACCUGCUGCUCACUUUCGACGAAGCUGAGGUGCGUAAGAUCAUCCGUGUGUGUAAGGGGAUCCUGGAGUAUUUGACGGUAGCUGAGGUGGUGGAGACCAUGGAGGACCUGAUCACCUACACCAAGAACCUAGGACCAGGUAUGACUAAGAUGUCUAAGAUGAUUGAGGAGCGACAGCAGGAGUUGACCCAUCAGGAACACAGACAGAUGCUAUUCAACUCCCUGAACACUGUCAAACAACUACUGCCUGUACUCAUAUCAGCCAUAAAGAUCUUUGUAGCAACUAAGAGCACACAUAGUGCUGGGGUGGAGGAGGCAGAGAGAAACAGAUGCUUCACGUUUGAGAAGAUGAGUGCUGAGAUUAGUGAGAUCAUCAGAGUCCUACAGCUUACCACCUGGGAUGAAGACACAUGGGCCAACAAGAAGGACAUGGAGUGUAUGAAACGUUCUCUGGCGGUGAUAGAGGCUAAGAUGGCCCUGGCGAAAGGCUGGCUCAAAGACCCCCAUGGACAACCAGGCGAGCCCGGGGAGGUAGCUGUGCGUGUGAUAUUGGAUGAGGCAGGGAAGGUAGGAGAACUGUGUGCUGGAAGGGAACGCAGAGACGCACUGGGAACAACAAAGACUCUGGGACAGAUGACCGAACAGGUCGCAGAGCUACGUGUCAGAGGCCAUGGUCCGUCUCCACCAUGUGUCCAGCGGGCCGGUCAGUGUUCUCAGGGUCUGGACCUGCUGCUUGGGAAAGUGGACAGCGCCACCCGCAGGCUGGAGGCCUUGACUAAAGCUAAACUGGCCAUCGCUAGGAGACUGGAUGCUGCCCAGGCAUGGCUGGCAGAUCCUAAUGGGGGUCCGGAGGGUGCCGAAAACAUCAGAGCCUUGCUAGCCGAGGCCCAAAAAAUCGCUGACCUGUGCGAAGACCCCCUCGAGAGAGAUGACAUCCUGAGAUCCAUCAAUGAGAUUGCAGGGCUCACCGCACGACUAGUGGAGCUACGCAAGCGGGGUAAAGGGGACAGUCCGGAGGCGCGUGUGCUAAGUAAACAGAUCGGAGCAGCUCUCCUGACCCUGCAGGCUAAGACCAACAGAGCGGUGGCCAACAUGAGACCUGCCAAACCAGCCAUCACUCUGCAGGGCAAGAUGGAGCAGGCCCUACGCUGGGUCAACAACCCUGGACAGAAUGACAGGGGUGUGGGUCAGGCAGCAAUCCGGGGCUUGGUAUCGGAGGGCCGCCGGUUGGCUGGAGGGCUGGGGGGGCCGUACCGGCAGGAUAUGAUUGUCCGCUGCGAUCGCAACGAGGCGCUGAUGACAUCACUGGCUGACAUAGCGGGGAGGGGAGAGGCCGAAGCCCCCCAGGCUAAAGCUACUGCUUCACAACUACAAGAAAGUCUGAAGGACUUGAAGGGUCGUAUGCAGGAGGUGAUGACCCAGGAAGUAUCCGAUGUGUUCAGUGACACCACCACCCCCAUUAAACUACUGGCCGUGUCUGCGACUGCCCCCCCAGAGGCCCCGCACAGAGAGGAGGUGUUUGAUGAGCGUGCUGGUAACUUUGAGGCCCAUGCGGGUCGCCUGGGCGCAACAGCGGAGAAGGCGGCGGCCGUGGGAUCAGCCAAUAAGAACACAGUUGAGGGAAUACAGGCUACUGUUAAACACACUAGAGAACUCACUCCACAGGUGACCUCCGCAGCUCGCAUCCUGUUGAAGAACCCAGGUAACCAGGCGGCCUACGAACACUUUGACACCAUGAAGAACCAGUGGAUCGACAAUGUAGAGAAACUCACUGGUCUGGUGGAUGAAGCCAUAGACACCAAGUCUCUGCUGGAUGCGUCUGAGGAAGCAAUCAAGAAGGACAUCGAUAAGUGUCGUGUCGCCAUGGCGAAUGUACAACCGCAGAUGCUAGUUGCCGGGGCGACCAGCAUAGCUCGGCGAGCCAAUCGCGUACUACUGGUGGCGAAGAGAGAGGUGGAGAACUCAGAGGACCCAAGGUUCAGAAAAGCAGUGAAACGUGCAUCAGAUAUACUCAGCCACACUAUAUCACCUAUGGUUAUAGACGCUAAGGCUGUGGCCGGAAAUAUACAGGACCCAGCCCUCCAGAAGGCCUUUUUAGAUUCUUGCCUCAGAAUUCUGGCUGCUGUUGGGAAGGUCAGAGAAGCCUUCAGCCCCCCGGAACCAGACUUCCCCCCUCCACCCCCAGACCUAGACAAGCUACACGUGAGUGAUCAGGAGCAGGCCCCCCCUAAGCCCCCCCUACCAGAGGGAGAGGUGCCCCCACCCCGCCCCCCACCUCCAGAGGAGAAAGAGAGAGACCGAGAUGAAGACUUUCCAGAGCAGAAGGCAGGAGAGCUGCUCAGUGAGCCCAUGAUGGUGGCUGCUAGGCAACUACACGACGAGGCACGCAAGUGGUCCAGCAAGCCUAAGGAAGAGGAGGGUGUAGAGGAGGUAGAUGAUGAAGACGAGUUUACUGACGGUGAGGAUGACUAUGAGCCAGAGCUGUUGAUGAUGCCGUCAAACGGCAAUGCCGUAAAUCAACCCAUCCUUGCCGCAGCCCAGUCACUUCAUCAGGAGGCACGCAAGUGGUCCAGCAAGGGAAAUGACAUCAUAGCGGCGGCCAAGAGGAUGGCGUUGCUGAUGGCUGAGAUGUCCCGGUUGGUUCGCGGCGGUAGCGGUAACAAGCGGGCUAUGAUCCAGUGUGCUAAAGACAUUGCCAAAGCCUCGGAUGAGGUCACCAGGCUGGCCAAAGAGGUGGCCAAGCAGUGUACUGACCGACGCAUCAGAACCAACCUGCUGCAGGUGUGUGAGCGUAUCCCCACCAUCAGUACUCAGCUGAAGAUCCUGUCAACAGUCAAAGCCACCAUGCUGGGACGAACCAACAUCAGUGAGGAGGAGUCUGAACAGGCUACAGAGAUGCUGGUCCAUAAUGCCCAGAACCUGAUGCAGUCAGUCAAGGAGACGGUGAGAGAGGCCGAGGCUGCUUCCAUCAAGAUCCGCACCGAUGCAGGCUUCACCCUGCGCUGGGUACGCAAGACCCCCUGGUACCAGUAACACACACUGGUGGCAACACACACACACACACACACACACACACAAACAGGUGUAGUUUUACGGCAUACUCUGUAUGUGUAGUUAGUAGAGUACAGCUAACAACUUCCCUGUUGAAAUAAGCUUGAGUUGUUAGCUCCAAAGUUCAAUUUAUCCGUUACCAUGGUAUUAUGUAGGACGACAGCUUUAAUAUAUAUUUUUGGGAUGUUGGGUUUCAAGGGUUUAUCCAAAAUCCAAGUAUAUAUUUUUUUGCAUGAAGAGGUUUUCUAUUUUCUAACCAUGGUGACUUUUUUACCUGUCCCAUUCUAAAUUAAUGUCAGAGUUCACAGAAGUUUACUUUUUAUCUAGUCUGAGCUGUUGGGGUUUCUUAUUUUUACAUAUAUUUAAUUUUGUUUUAUGGCUGACAGCACUGUUGGAAGUGUUUUAGCCACCCGAGUAUCACUCCUUUAUGUUUACUGAGUGGUGGAACCACUGGUCUUAACAGGACACUGACAUUAAGGCCAGGAAACACCAUAACCAACGUCGGCUGUGCGCAGCAGACGGUCGUCCUAAUGCUUCAAAACAUCGCUUAUUUUAUUCUACAUGCUGAAUCACCACAAUUCAUCAACACCCAGCAGGUGAUCAAUCUACUGCGCACCACCGAUGUUUGUUAUGGUUUGUUAUCUUAUUGCUUUUUCUGAGAUUUAUCUAACAGGAGAUAUGUAUUACACAGCAGUGCUUGAAGUGGAAUAAAAAGCUGGUGUUGGGGUUUGUAUUUUAGAGCUGGUAUUUUAUAAGUAGUGACAGUAUAUUCAGGUAGUAGAAAAGGAGAGGUGCUAGUUCUCUGAAGCGGUCAGUUCUGGCCCACUUCAACCACUGGUACAUAAUGUGUGCGUCCUAAAUGGCACCCUAUUCCCUAUAUAGUGCACUACUUUUGACCACAGCCCUAUGGGCCCUGAUCAAAAGUAGAGCACUACAUAGGGAAUAGCAUGUGACAUACACAGGGACAGCUUUGUUAGUAUGAUGGUAUGAUGUUAGUAUGAUAUGAAGUGAGUGAUAUGCUAUUUAUUGACUUAUGGAGGCUGUCAAGCUGGCGUGUGGGUUGGUGCUCAAGGGAUGCUUCCUGUGUUUUUACUGAAUUUUAUUUGACAUGAUGUCACAAACAAUGCCAAAGACUUUGUUUUACGGCACUGUAUAUGAACAUACACUAUAUAUACAAAAAUAUGUGGACACCCCUUCAAAUUAGUGUGUUCGGCUAUUUCGGCCACACCCG